GUGGGUGGUGGGGCACGAGACUUGGCCUUUACCAAAGAGAAGAAAACCUUCAGCUGCUCUUCCAUUCCCACUAUUUUCACGGCGACCAUGCGAGAACUUGGAAGCUUGCUUAACAGAGGAGUUCCCUUUGCUAUCGCAUCAGGCACCCUCCAACAACAUCAAAGAAGAGAAGGCUCUUUUCUUUUGGAGGAGAAAUGGAACAAGAUGACUAUCUGGAGAUAGGAGAGCAAGCGCCUUUGAUUGCUAAGAGUUGUUCAUCGGGCCAUUGCAAUGAUACUACUUUGAAGGAAGAACAUGAUGAACCUCUAUUUCCAUAUAGAUACAACAUUAAUAAAGCUCCGACAAUUAUUUUGGGAUUUGAAUGCUUGGAGAGCACUGCUUAUUAUGGAAUCGCAACAAACAUGGUUGUAUAUCUUGGCACCGUCCUAAAUGGCAGUAAUGCUUCAAAUGCAUCAAAUGUUGCAAUUUGGGGAGGUACAUGCUAUUUCACACCGCUGAUUGGAGCUGUACUAACUGAUAGUUUCUUGGGAAAUUACAAGACAAUUUUGAUCUCUCUUCUAAUCUAUCUCCUAGGGGUGACGAUGAUUACCUUGUCUUCUUUAACUCCAUCACUGAAGGUACCUUCAUGUGAAGAAGGUUCAUGUCAUUCAGCAAAUGGAGGUCAGACUCUUGCAUUUUUCUCUGGAUUGUAUCUUGUUGCAUUUGGCAGUGGAGGUGUCAAGGCUGCUCUGCUUCCCUUCGGCGCAGAUCAAUUCAGUGAUGACAACAUCGAAGAAAGACAAAGGAAAAGUUCUUUCUUUAGUUUGUUUUAUGUUUGCUUGAAUAUUGGUGGUCUAUUUUCAAGCACUGUGAUAGUGUGGAUACAGGAAAAUUUAAGCUGGGCACUUGGCUUUGGUAUCACCGCAGUGUGCAUAGCUAUAGCUUUAGUUGGGUUUUUGUUAGGAACACCGGCAUAUCAUUUGCGAGCGCCAAGUGGGACGAGUUCAUUGAAGAGUGUUCUUCAGGUUGUGAUUGCUGCAUUCAGUAAGAUUCGGUUGGAAGCUCCUCUUGAUAGCAGGCUCUUAUACGAGGUGGAUGAUACAACCGCACAGAAUUUCGGACGCCAAAGACUAGCACAUUCUGAAGAAUUCCGAUUUCUAGAUAAGGCGGCUAUAGUCACAGACUUUGACCGAAAGGGCACAAAUCUUUGCAAUUCUUGGAGGCUUUGUACAAUAACUCGAGUCGAAGAGGCAAAGAUACUCGUUCGUUUGCUGCCAAUAUGGAUAGCUGGUGUCAUCUUUUCAGCUGCAUAUUGUCAAAUGGCAACUACUUUUAUCCAGCAAGGGAGCGCAAUGAACACAAAGAUCAAAUCCUUCUCGGUUCCUCCUGCUUCUCUGUCUUCCUUUGAGGUUGUCAGUGUUAUGGCCUGGGUCCUGGCUUACAACAAAAUCAUAGCUCCGGCGGCAAGAAGAAUUUACAAUAAUGAAAUGGGAUUUUCUCAGCUACAGAGGAUCGGGAUCGGUCAAUUUAUGAUGACCUUGGCAAUGGCAACAGCUGCAUUUACAGAGUCCCGAAGAUUACACAGCGCCGAGGCUGGUGCAGAAUUAACAAUCGCUUGGCAACUGCCCCAGUACUUCAUCGUGGCCGGCUCCGAGGCCUUCUGCUUCAUCGCACAGCAUGAAUUCUUCUACAGCCAGGCACCUGAGACGAUGAAGAGCAUGUGCACAGCUAUCUCAUUGCUCGCCAUCUCGCUGGGAAGUUACUUGAGUUCUCUUAUUUUGACACUCGUGGUUCGAUUCACGGCGAAUGGAGGAAGUCCAGGGUGGAUACCAGAUGAUCUGAACAAAGGCCACUUAGAUUAUUACUUCCUGUUGCUAACAAGCAUCUGUACAUUGAAUCUCACAGCUUAUGUUUUCACGUCGAGGAAUUACAGGCCGAAGCAGGUCGUGCGGCACACACUUUGACAUUUGAGUUCUUUCCUGUGACUAUCACAAAGAUCUUUUAAAUGCCACAAUUAUAAUUUUAGACGAA